AUGCUAACAGCUAUCAGGCACAGAUACGAGCUUCUGCUACUCCACCGACUUCUUCUUUACUUUGUCUUCUCUUGCUCGCUAUGUUGGGCAAUGCAAGAUGGAGAACGGGUUAUGGUGCGCAACACCCCACAGAGGAACUGGUGGAAGCCAACCUCAACGAAUGUAGGGGACGAAGAGUCUCCUCCAAGGCCCUUGAAGGUUAGUUUUGCUGGGCCUGCAACGCACUGGACCGAUGCCAUCCCCAUUGGCAAUGGCCGUCUUGGUGCCAUGGUUUGGGGUGGCGUACCCACCGAAGUUCUCCAGCUCAAUGAGGACACACUUUGGACUGGGAUUCCUGGAGAUUACACCAACAAAAGUGCUCCACAAGCACUGGCUGAAGUCAGAAAGCUUGUCGAUGAUAGAAAAUUCUCUGAAGCUACAGCAGCAGCUGUCAAGUUGUCAGGAGAGCCUUCCGAUGUAUACCAACUUCUCGGUGAUAUCAAGAUAGAGUUUCAUGAGUCUCAUCAUAAAUAUUUGAAGGAGUCAUAUUACAGGGAGCUGGAUUUGGAUACUGCAACGGCAAAAAUAAAAUACUCUGUGGGCGAUGUUGAAUUUAGGAGAGAACAUUUUGUUUCGAAUCCGGACCAAGUCAUAGUGACAAGGUUUUCUGCAAGCAAACCUGGGUCACUAUCAUUUACAGUAUAUUUUGAUAGCAAAAUGCAUCAUGAUUCAAGGGUAAGUGGCCAAAAUCAGAUAAUAAUUGAAGGGAGAUGUCCUGGUAGUAGGAUUCGACCAAGAGUGAAUUCAAUUGACAAUCCAAAGGGAAUUCGGUUUUCUGCAGUUUUUGAUAUGCAGAUUGGUAAAGGGGUUAUAAAAGUUUUGGAUGAUAGGAAGCUAACAGUUGAAGGUUCAGAUUGGGCUAUUUUGCUUUUGACAGCUUCUUCUUCCUUUGACGGCCCAUUUACUAUGCCUGAAGAGUCUAAGAAGGACCCUACUUCUGAGUCCCUCAGUAAAAUGAAGUCUGUGAAGAAAUUUUCAUAUGCUGAUCUUUAUGCACGCCACUUGGAUGACUAUCAAAAUCUAUUUCAUCGUGUCUCAUUGCAACUCUCUAAAAGCUCCAAGGGUGAUUUAGGAAAGUCUAUUUUUUACAAAAGGCAAUCGGUUUCCUCCCAAACAAAUAUCUCUCAAAAGGGAGGUGAUACCAUUCCAACUUCAGCCAGAGUCAAAUCUUUUCAGACUGAUGAAGAUCCUUCCUUUGUUGAGCUUUUGUUUCAAUAUGGUCGAUAUCUGCUAAUCUCUUGUUCACGUCCUGGAUCUCAGGUGGCAAACCUACAGGGUAUCUGGAACAAAGAUGUUGAGCCUGCAUGGGAUGGUGCUCCUCACUUGAACAUUAAUCUUCAAAUGAAUUAUUGGCCAGCCCUUUCUAGCAACCUACAUGAGUGUCAAGAGCCCUUAUUUGAUUUCAUUUCCGCUUUGUCAGUCAAUGGUAAAAAAACUGCAAAGGUGAACUAUGAAACAAAUGGUUGGGUUGCACAUCAAGUUUCUGAUAUAUGGGCUAAAUCAUCACCAGAUAGAGGUGAGGCGGUUUGGGCUUUAUGGCCUAUGGGUGGAGCUUGGCUUUGUGCCCAUUUAUGGGAGCAUUAUACUUAUACAAUGGACAAAGAUUUUCUUAAAAAUAAAGCAUACCCUUUGUUGGAAGAAUGUACAUCAUUUUUGUUGGAUUGGUUGAUUGAAGGCCGUGGUGGAUUAUUGGAAACUAAUCCAUCAACUUCACCAGAGCACAUGUUCACUGCACCAGACCGAAAGCCUGCUAGUGUGAGCUACUCAUCAACCAUGGACAUUGCAAUCAUAAAAGAAGUUUUCUCUAUAAUGAUUGCUGCUGCUGAGGUUUUGGGAAGACAUGACGAUGCUAUUAUCGAAAGAGUCACUGAGUAUCAGUCUAAGCUUCCUCCGACAAAAGUUGCUAGAGAUGGUUCCAUUAUGGAAUGGGCAGAAGAUUUUGAGGACCCAGAUGUACAUCAUCGACAUGUUUCUCAUCUGUUUGGACUAUUUCCAGGGCACACGAUUAGUCUCGAGAAGACUCCAGGCAUCUGUAAAGCUGUGGAAUUUAGUCUAAUUAAAAGAGGAGAUGAUGGUCCAGGAUGGUCGACAACUUGGAAAGCUUCACUAUGGGCACAUCUUCACAAUAGUGAACAUGCAUAUCGUAUGAUAAAACACUUGAUUGUCUUGGUGGACCCUGAUCAUGAAAGUGAUUACGAAGGAGGACUUUACAGCAACCUGUUCACAGCUCAUCCCCCCUUCCAGAUUGAUGCCAACUUUGGUUUUUCAGGAGCAAUAGCAGAAAUGCUUGUUCAAAGCACAAUGAAGGACCUCUACUUGCUUCCAGCGUUGCCACGCGAUAAAUGGGCCAAUGGUUGUGUGAAAGGAUUGAAAGCUCGUGGUGGGGUGACAGUCAACCUUUGCUGGAAAGAAGGAGAUCUGAGUGAAGUUGGGCUUUGGUCAGAAAGACAGAAUUCCCAAGUGAGACUACAUUAUAGAGGAACCAUGGUCUUAACAAGUUUAUCACCUGGCAUAGUUUACUCUUAUAAUAACCUGUUGAAGUGUGUGAAGACAUACUCCCUCAGCAAAGUUAAUCCUUGA